CGAUUCCGGAAGAUGACUCGAUUUGGCUGCUUGUUUCCGCACACGGAUCUGGCAACACGGCGCAGUGAGCGGGUUUGGUCGUUUCGCUUCGCAGACAGAAGAAAGAGUUCCGAGCGAGCGGCGCUGCCAUGGUUCCGGGUUCCUUCUGCCUGGACCAGGGACACGGCAGACCGGGACCACGGCUGAUCGGAGCGUAGAGAGCAGCGAGGUUCGGGAUGCGGAGCCGGCGGCCGAGCUGCGGAGCCUGACCGGCGGCCCGCGCGGCCUCGGGACCAUGAGGACCCUGCUGACCGUCUGCCUCCUCCUUCUUCUUGUGGGGCCGGCGGGGGCCGCCGCAAACCGAACCACCGGUACCGAGCCGACCACCCGAAGCAGCGGAACCUUCAUUCGAAUCGGGGACGGAUCUUCGCAGCAGUUUGACUUCCCGGAAAAGACCGACGGCGUGAUCGUCGCCAGCAGCCGGUACCGGAGCGCCGCCAGCAUCCGGAAGGGCCGCCGGAGCUGCACGCAGACGGUGCGGGUCUGGUCCCUGGACCCGGACGUCCUGACCAUCCUGAACGUCACGGACGGCGGCCACGUGGGCCCCGCCCGGACUUACGUCAUCAGCAUCCGGUCCGGGGUCCCAGGCACGGCUCGGCUGCACAUCCAGCUGCUGGAUCUGGAUAAGGACUCUGCUCCGGUUGUGAUCGAGGAGAGGACAGACUACUCCAUCCGGGUGAGUCCUGGGACCGAGGACCCGUCCGGGGGGUCGGGCCGGGCCGGCGGCCUGGCCCACUUCUCGGAGCACCCGGUGCUGUUUGCCUUGCUGCCCCUCAUCUUCCUCAACAAGUGUGCCUUCGGCUGCAAGGUGGAGGUGGAGGUCCUGCGCGGCCUCCUGCGGAGCCCCGUGCCCCUGCUGCUCGGGGUCACCGCUCAGUUCCUGGUCAUGCCGCUCUACGCCUACAGCGUGUCUCGGCUGGCCUCGCUGCACAGGACGCUGUCCCUGGGCCUGGUCAUCACCUGCUCGGCGCCGGGCGGGGGCGGCGGCUACCUGUACAGCCUGCUGCUGGGGGGCGACGUCACCUUGGCCAUCUCCAUGACCCUGGUGUCCACGGUGGUGGCGGCGGCGGCCAUGCCUCUGUCGUCGGCGCUGUAUGGACGCCUGCUGGGCGUGCACGCCGCCCUGCACGUGCCCUUUGUCAAGAUCCUCGGCACCCUCCUCUUCAUCGCCAUCCCCAUCUCUCUGGGCAUGCUGGUUAAGCUCCGCCUCCCGGGCCUCACCCGGGUCUUGCUGGCGCUCAUACGACCCAUCAGCCUCGUGCUCAUCGUGGGGGGCGUUUUCAUGGCCUACCAGAUGGGCGCGUCCAUCCUGGCCGACGUGAGGCCGCCCAUCGUGGCGGUCGGGGUGUCGGUCCCCGCCCUGGGGCUGAUGGUGGGCGGGGCGCUGGCCCGGCUGACUGGACUGGCGGCGCCGCAGAGGAAGACUGUCAGCAUCGAGGUGGGCGUCCAGAACAGCCUGCUGGCGCUCGCCGUCAUGCAGCUGUCCUUCCAGCGUGCCGAGGCCGACUUCGCGUCACAGGCCCCCUUCAUUGUGGCGCUGAGCGGUACGUCGGAGAUGCUGCUGGUCGUCCUGGGCCACGUGGCGCUGCGGCGGCUGUGCGGCAGUGGCGGCGACACCUGAGCGGAACCACACGGAUCAACCUGUGCAGAUGACGGAGGACGGGCUGCGUCUUAAGGAAACCAAAGGCCUUUUUCCUGUCCGAGACAUUUCCACCUUCUUUUUCACUUUGUCCUUUUUCAAAUGUGUCAGCUACUUCCUGUUUAAAAAAAAAACAAACCUGCCAGAUAUUUUUCUACCAGGAAAAAUGUUUACAAACACUCCACGUGUCUUAGCGGCAGCAUUCAGGGGUCAACGUUUUUCUCUUUGCUUUUUCAAACUCAUUGAUUAUUUUUCUGCAUCUUUGAAUCCUUGUACUUGAAUAUUCUAUAAUUAAAAAAAAAAGUCAAUAAAAAGAUGAAUCAAGGCAAACGGGAUUCCUCCUUACAGUGAGGUGACAGGAAGUUCCCCUACGGACAAAAAGCACCCUAACCCACCAGAAUAUCUGACAGGAACCGUGCGAGUCCUCCGAGGACUUAGGAAACGUGCUCUGAUGCUUCCUUAGUUAGAUGUGAUCAAGACCAUAGAGAUUAAUAGACCAGAGUGGACAUUGUGCCGCAGAAAUGUCUGUAGGGGGCGCUCCUGUCUGAAUUUUUGGCACUAUUUAAUAUUGGGAUGUUUUUCUGUUAAACAGAAACACGUUUAUUGGAGGUAAACAGCAGGUGGCGCUAAGUUCACCGCUAAAAAAAAUAAUUUGGCGCAAUUCGGUUGCAGCUGAAAAUGAGCAAGAAAAUCACUGUUCGAGUAAACGCGCAUGUUUGAUUUAUUUCUAUUUAUUUAAUAUUUAAUCCCAAGUAUAUUUUUUCCAGGUGAAAACUGGAAGAAUGAGCUUAAAAUUGAUUUUAUUUAGGUUAAAAAACAUGGAAGCAGCUGAAGAUGAAAGAUUCGUGUCUGUGCCUGAUGUGACAUAAAACAGUAAAUGUAAUUCAGUUUUAAUGUAAUCAACUCCAACCAUCGCCAGUCUAAACGCUGUUUACACACACACACAGUUAUUUAAACAGGCUGAUGAACUCCAACAAGGCGGUUGACGGACUGAAAGCUGCUCUUCACAGGACGAUGCAGAUGAAUAAAUGAAUGACAAAGUGAAAUUGCUGUGUAGGAGGGAGGAGCCUGAGAGGAACUCGAGGCUUAUUGGAGGAAACCGGUUGUGGGACACGGUUACCAUGGUGCUGAGGUUUCUGAAGCGGGCUCGGUUCCCCUUCCUCCUUGGGUUUGAUUAACUUCCCUUUCUGAAGGUUUCACAGAGUUUCCCUCAUUUCAAACAAAACAAACUGAGUUUUCACGAAGCUGAAGCGGUCAGUUGUGUCUCUGCAGAGUGAGGCUGCGACAGACGGCCUGCCGCCCUCAGCCUGGUCCGUGGCUGGGGCCAUAAAAACUGAAAUAAUUAAUAUUUAUGUGACACUUUUCACCCGUAAAUACAAAGUGCCUCCUUCAAACUCUUAAGUCUUUUGGGUAAAUGGCGGCUGAAUGAAUGUCUGUCUGUGGUUUGGAUACUUGUAGUAUUUGUGACAGCCACCAGGUGGCAGGUUUUACGUAAUAAAUGUUUCUGACGGGCGUUGCGGAUCUUGGCGUUUGUUGUCGUUGGGUCACAAACUGGUGACGAUCCUUCUUCGGAGACGGCGGACGGAAAUCCAGCAGGAAGGAGCUCAGUGUGCGCGACGUGACUCCGUCUGCAGCAGAAACACAGUUUGUUCUGCUCGCAUGUGAAAACCCGCUUACAUCCUGCAAAGUGCUCCGUCCACACAAGUUCCAGGAUUUAAUUAGCAUUUUUGUAUUCAUAAACAAUGUUUAUUUGACCUAAUUAAAUAAAUACAUAUUUUGCUUAUUUUUCGAAAGUAUGAUGAAUUAAGGUUUGGGAUUAUCUUCAUGAGAAGCAUUUUUAAAUCUGUUUUGGUUUUUUAAAAAAGUCAUAAUGGCACUAAUUUUGUCUAAUGUGAAAAGAAAUUAAAAGCUAAAAAAAUGUAUUUAUUGCUUGAAUAAAAUCAUUGUUGAUGAACU